GGAUUUAUAUCCAGCUUUAUGACAUUCAUGACAAUCGGAGGCUUCCCAUCAUUCAUCGAAGAAAUGAAGGUAUUUUACAAGGAAAGGCUCAACGGACAUUACGGAGUCGGAGUGUUCAUUCUUUCGAAUUUCCUCUCUUCGUUUCCGUUCUUGAUUGCAAUAUCGCUUAGUUCAGCAUCCAUCACUUAUUUCAUGGUGAAGUUUCACCCUGGAAUAUUUCAUUUCGUGUAUGCAGAGCUCGACCUUCAUGAUGGGGGUCAUACUCGGAGCUGGUCUAAUCGGUAUAAUGAUGGCUACAGCAGGUUUCUUCCGGCUCCUUCCCGAACUUCCUAAGAUAUUUUGGACAUAUCCCGUUUUCUAUAUCAACUACAUGUCAUGGGCUUUACAGGGAGCCUACAAAAACGACAUGAUUGGGAUCGAGUUCGAUUCGCUCUAUCCCGACCAACCAAAACUGAAAGGGGAAGAAGUACUAACCUCAAUGAUAGGCAUAACACUUGAUCACUCGAAAUGGUGGGACCUGGCAGCAGUUGCAGCCAUUCUCGUAGCUUACAGAUUGCUCUUCUUUUUCAUUCUCAAGUUGAAGGAGAGGGCUAUGCCGAUAUUUAAAACUUAUUACGCAAAUAAGCAAAUAACAAGCACACCUUAAAUCAAGCAAAAUGAAAUUCACAAUCAUCAAACCUAAGUCCACAAUCCUCCUAAAGAACAGAUAACAUAAAGCACUCACCC